CCUUGUCAUUAUGCAAUUAUGUUAUUUUGUGUUCAGUCUUGGAACCAUGCAGACUUCUUUAGUGCUUACAAUCAUCCUGAGCUUGCUGCUCGGUGCCUUCGCUCAGAAACCACACCACUGCAAGUCACCGCCAUACCUCCAGGGAAAGUUAGCUGUAGACUUUCCUGAGGGGAAGACGAUGGUGUAUGAGCAGUUCUCCUACGACGCUUUGGAACAGAGGAUUCGUGUUGUUGCAGCUGGGAAGGAAGGCGAGCAUGACGUGUUCAUGGAUCGACUUCUGCUUUUCAGAGAAAAAGUUUACUAUGACAUCAUUUACCACAACAAAACCUGUGUUAAGAAUUAUCUCGAUGCCGCAUUCGUUCCCAUUGCAAUUCCAUCUGAUGCUAAGCACAGGGCCCAGGUUGUCCUGGGAAGCCUGUCUGCUCCCGCGGAGGGCCUGCUGGUCAACAACUGGGUGGGAUCAGAUGCUGAGAUAAAAGCAAACUACUCCCUGACCUUUACAGAGUUCGGCUGCAUUCCCGUCGUCACCGUGUAUCACAUCGAUGGCAUGGGUCACUUUCUGUCAAGCUUCUUCGACAUGGUCGUUGGCAUCGACGAUCCCGCAGUCUUUAUUCCUCCAGCUUUCUGUUUCUCUAAAAACCUGGUGGAGAGCAAAGGUGGCAAAGCAACGAACCACUUCACCGCUCUUCUCUAAACGAUCUGGCAUAAAAUACGUGUGAUCUCAUUCACUUGAUUAAUGCACUGAAUCUGCUGUCGUUUUUAAUUCUCGUUCAAAUAAAAUGAGCAGGACGAUGCGGAAAAUCA